UGAAAAAUGAGGAAUCGUUUUCACUAGAAUAUGCCAUUAAAAGAAGUUUUGUAAUCAGAAAUCAAAAGCUCAAAUGUCGAGAAAGUGGUUUAAUGGCUCUCUGAUUUAUGGCAGAUUGGUACUGCUCAAGCUGUGGCUCGGGAGGCGUAUUUUACGGCUAUCUACGGGAAAGAAAGAAGCAUCCAUGGCAAUUGUUUUAUGCACUUCGAAGGACACAGUGAAAAAGAGGGCCAAGAAGUUUAAGAAACCCGGGACCGACUGCAAAAUCUCUAUCAAGGCAUGCUCUGUAAAACUACGGGCUGCAUCAAUGAGAAUUGACGAUUGCAGCUAA